AUGCUCCAUCGCAGCCUGUCGAAGCUCGAACCGCCGCCCCAAGCGCCACGGCCGUCUCGGCUGCUCCGGCUUGUCCAGGCACCGCAAGUAGAUAAAGAUGCUGGAAGUACAACAACGGCUCCACAGCCCACCACAGCCCCCAGCACGGCUAUCGCCCCUGCAAACAUCUCGACCCCAAAGGCUCCGGAAUCGCACGCGCCCGUGCGACCUGGCCAGCCUUCCGCCAUUGCGACAAGCGCUGGUGAGGAUGUACGAAUCCCGGAAAGAACAGAACAGGCUCAUCCCCCCGCUCCACCAACGCCAGCGCCCACAGCAGCACCCUCGGCAUCUGGCCAUGUACAAACCGAUCCCGAAACAACGAGCACAGUAGCCUCUAGUGAGCUAGCAAGCGCCCAAAAAAGGCCUAGACAGACCAGGAAACGUAAGACACCAGCCAGCGCCGAAGUUGCUGGCUCGUCUGCAACUACAGAGGAGACUCCUGCAGCGACACCGGCGAGAAAGCGUCGCAUGACGAAGGCGCAAGCCGCCGCCGCCCAAGCCGCCGAGGGGGCAGAAGCGACGGCGGCCGAGGGUGAACAGGGGGCGCAAUCAGCACCCCAACUUAGGAAACGCCCCGCAGCACGGAGGGGAGCCCGCGCGGCUGUCGCGGCGGACGAGGGGGCGGAUGCAAGCGCGGACGCUGUUGCUGGGGGAGAGCCUGCCCAACCGACCCGGCGGGCCAGAGCAAGGAAGAAUGCUAGGAACGCGACAGCGGCUGAGAGCAGUUCUGGUGCCGCCCAAGACGCAAACGGCGAGAACAUCCCAGCCAAACCCACCAGGAGGCGCAAAAAAACAACGGCAGCAGCAGCAGGUGCUGAGGCCGAAGGGGAUACAGGUGAAGCGGAUGAGACGGCGGGCGCGAGGGAAAAGCGUGCCCCAAAACCACCACGCCGGGAGCGCUCAGAAACGCCUGAGAACGCGGAGGAGCAGGUCAUCGACCCGAAUAGUCUCACUAUGGCGGAGCUAACAAAGGAUCUGCGCAUUGGGAAGAAGUUCAGCAGGCAUGACGAGCUGCGCGACAGGAUGAAGGAGCUCAGCGCGAAGCAGCGCGAGGAGCGGAGACUACGGAAGGUCGGCGGUGGCGAAGCGACGGGAUCAGGCGACGACGAUGUUAUCCCCGGAGCUGAAGGUUCGGAGACACAGGCCUCCAGCGGAGCUCCGGCGACGCGGGCGCCGGCGGUACUUGGACCGCAGUUUGAAAUCAUCAACGGCGAGAUUGUCAUCAAUCAAGCAUCUCUGGUGCACGACAGGCACGCCGAGGCGAUGGCGGACCAGGUGGACAUGGAGGAGGUUGAAGAGAACGACUUCACCCGCAUGACCAACUCAUCCACGUACCGGAGGCCCAAUAAGCUCAAGGGCCCCAACUCGUGGAACAAGGCGGAGACGGCGCAGUUCUACGACUAUCUGCGCAUGUUCGGAACCGACUUCCAAACAAUCGCCAACAUGUUCCCCGGAAGGACGCGGCGCCACGUCAAGAUGAAGUUCAACCGCGAGGAGAGACACAACCCGCGGGGCGUUAACGCCGCCAUCGUGGGCCAGAAGGAAGUCAUGAUCGACCUCGACGAGUACCAGACCCGCACCGGCCGCGAACUUGAGGCCACGGCCGCCAUCGAGGAGGAGCACCAGCGCAGGCAGGAGGCCCACGAGGCGGAGCAGCGCCGGAUCCAGGAGGAGGCCGACGCGCUGCAGGCCGAGAAGCGCAAGAAGCUCCUCGGCACCGGGCCCGGCGACGAUGCCGCCAGCGGGGACAAGGGAGGCGCCAGUGGGACUUCCAAAGCUUCGGGUGCGGCUGCGGCUGCGGUUGUGGAGCCGGAAGAGGACGUCGAAAUUAUCGAUGAGGACGAGGAGGCAGCUCGCCCCCCACCUCCGCGACGGAAGCGGCGUGGGGGUGGUAUAGGCGGCUGA